UGGUGGGGAGGGGUCACGGAGUUGUUUCAUGUAGGUGAGUUUUUUUUCUCCCUGAGUGUUGGCGACUUGUAUGUGCAUCACCUCCGGCUUACUCACGAUAAGUACAACUACAUGCAUGUCAUGUUACGGAGUGUGCACAGUCGAUGGCAGUAGCACUGUGGGCGCUGUGCGCAGAGAGGGUGGGUUAGCUGGCAUCGCUGGUGGCAUUAACCAUCUCAGCACUGGCCAAGGCUUCAGAAGAAGAAUCCUCAAGGCCAUCGUUUGAGUUGGGCCUCAAUAAUGCUGGGAGCUGCUCCCUGUCUUCUGGGAGAGAUCUCCACGGAGACUGCGGUAUACACAGAGGUGGAAUCCGCAGGAGGCUGCAGUACUUCAGCCACCUCUUGGCUUUCAGUUGCUGGCAUUGUUGCCCACUCCCCUAGCGAGCACUGUCGCUCCACUCUUCUUCCUAACCUCACGGUCCCUGUUGUACCUGUGCCCCCCAGCUUGGGCAGUGCGGGUGGACAUCGGGCGGGGCUGGGGUGGGGCUCUGCAGCCUUUGCCUCUGCCUCUCCCACCCUUCUUACCUGCACCGGAGCUGGAAGCAGGGCAGCCUCUGCCAUGGCCUCUGGAUCCCCACGCAUAGGGGGCAGCAGAAAGAUCCGGACGCGGUGUUGCCACCCCAGUCCCCUGAAGUCUUACUCACAGGGGCGACAGCGCCAGCUGGGCAUUCUUAGCAGGGUUACAGAAUAUCUUCAGAAUAACGUGCCAGCAUGGCUACAGAGAUAUUUCAACAAGAAUGAAGAUGUAUGCAGCCGCACAACAGACCCAAAGGAGACUCCAAGUUCACAAGAAAAUAGGGAAGAUGACCAGAUAGUGUGUGCCGGUGAGGAGAACUCUAAUAUUAAUGAUGGGAGGAUCACUAGUGAGUCAACAGUCGGUAAUACAGAAGAUGCCUCAACAACCAGCCCUGCUUCUAAUUAUGCAGGUGAAUUAAACAGGCCCUCUCUUCAUUGGAGCCACUCGAAUUUCUCCGUGUUGGAAUCCCCUGCAUUGAAUUGUCAUCUGUCCACAUCAUCAGCAUUUCCAAUUGGCAGUCGUGGAUUUUCCCUUGUGAAGGAAAUUAUAGACUCUACCUCUCAGCAUGCUGAUGAUAACACGUCAACUAGCCAUCAUUGUGAUUUUUCAGUGAGAGGUUCCGAUAAAGCUACAGCUGCUUCAAAGAAGACUUCAGUGCCAGCUCUGUGGUCCCCAGAGGCUGAGUGGUCUCAUUCACUCCCACAGCACACUGCCACCAGGUCCAAAAAACCAGCUUUCAGCUUGUCUGCAUUUGGGACACUUUCUCCUUCAUUUGAGAAAUCUUUGAUCUUUCAAACAAGUCAUGGAAAAACAACAUAUGGUAGGGCAGCAGCUGCUGUAAGACAUUCUAAACUAGCAAGGACCCCUCAUCAGGCACCAGUAAGAAGACAGAUGAAAGCUAAGCAACUCAAUGCAGAGUCCUAUGGUGUGACUAGUUCAGCAGCUCGGUGAAUAUUACAAUCUUUAGAGAAGCUAUCAGGACCUCUAGCAGAUGUUCUUUCUUUUCCUGUGUAUUCUCCUCUUGAUAGGAGUUGGAUAGACAACACAGAUUUUGGGGCCAAAAGAGAUAAGGUGGAUUCUCAGUAUCCUGUUCAAAAACUCAUGUCCCCAAAGCUAGUUUCCAGAGCAACAAAUCAAAGUGUUUAUUUUAAACCAUCUCUGACCCCAUCUCAUGAAUUGAGGAAGGCUAAUCAAAGAAUAGUUAAAAAGCACAGUACUCAUGAAAACAAUGUGACACCAGGACAAAAUAGAGAACAAGAAAGUGGCUUUCCAGAUGAAAAUUUGCGUCUUCCUGCACCCAAUGGAUUAUCUUCUGGAAUAGGUAGUAGAGGUGGCAAAGUUAGACAGGAGAGAACACACUUCCUGACAUCUGAACCACCAGUGGAGGAGGAAGUGGAAGCUCCAGUAUCAUCAAAAAUCUCUCUACCAAUCACCAGUUCUUUACUGCCUGCAUUCACUUUUCAUUGUCCUUUGAUGACAACUUCCUCUCCGGCUCCCAUCAGUCCUUCACAAUCAGUAACAGAUAAGGUACAAAUGAUUUCUCUGAGCAGCACUGGCAGCCCCGUGUUUAGAUUUUCUUCUCCCAUUGUAAAAUCUACUGAGGCAGUUUUACUACCUGUAUCAUCUAUUGAAUUUACAUUUAGUAUGCCUAUUGCAAAAACAGAACUUCCAGACACCAGUAGUACUUCGGAACCUAUGAUAAGUACUUCAGCUCAAGCUAUCACUGUAGCGACUAGUACAAGCCGUAAGAGGAAGCUAGAUGAAGAUGAGGGCCCUCCUAGACCUGCAAAAACCCAGAAAGGAGGAAGAGUCCUUGAUGUUCUGAAAACCCCUGGUUUCAUAUCACCAAAGGUAGAUGCUUUUGCUGCUCAGCCUACCACAACAAGCCUGGGAGUUUUUACAGGACAAGCCAUAUGUAGGUUUUCCUCUAGUGAAACUGGACUUGGGGAAAAUUUAAAAGCUAGAUCAUCAUGGCACUGUGGUACAUGUCUACUCCCAAACAAAGUCACCGAUGAUAAGUGCAUAGCCUGUCAAGCCACCAAGUUGCCACCAAGAGAUACCACUGAACAAACAGCAAUUGGAACACCAAGAAAAAGUGGCAAACCAACCAUUUCUGCAUCAGGGGCAGGCUUUGGGGACAAACUUAAAUC